GCAUUCGGCAGAAGUUCCAGCGACAUCUGGAGCCACAGGGGCGCAGGGAGUCCCAAAGGGCGCGGAAACAUCAGAGCCGCAGGGAGGCUUAAAGUCGUCACCUCCACCGGGGCGAGAAGCGCCAGGGACGCCCCCACAGAAAGACAAUUUAACGCCAGUUGACGCCAAUGGAGGAAACAGAGCAGGGGAAGACGGACAGCUGAAUAACGUGGCGGGCACUGCUGAUCCCAGCCAGCAGCAGCGUGAGGGAGAGACGCAGAGUGGCCCGCAGGGAACACAAACAACACCAGAAGCAGCGACUUCACCGACAGCCUCGAAAAAUGAUCUCUCACAGUCCCAGGCGCAGGAGCCCCGAGGUGAGCCGGGCGCCAGCACGCAAUUGAGCGGCGGAGAAGCGGCAACUCUACCGGAUGUCCCAACUAAUGCAGCAGAUGGAGGAGAGGAGAGAACAACGCAACUUUCUUCACCUGCAAGCCGCAAAGGUGACGCCGGCGGUCAGGACGGAAAAGCCACAGAGCAGGAAACCAACGGCAUCACGGAUUCCGAUGCUGCAGGGAACCCAGACGGCCAACAGGGGGUUGCUGCCGCACGUGCAGCGGCGGGCACUGCAAAUGAACCACCAGCAACAGAGUCCACCGCCACUGAGGCAAGGAACACCGCGACGACGACUGACGGUGACAGCGGCAGCAGCCCCGCGGUGCAGCCGCAGCCGGCAGGUUCCGUGGCGGCAGCCGAAGCUGGUCAGCCAGAACAAAAGGAGCAGCCCGCAGUGCCCACUUUCCUAAGCCAAGCGGAAAAGAGUGGUGAGAGAGGAGGAGAAGCCGCUCAGCCGGCAGCGGGGGCGGCUGCUCAAGCGGCGAACACCACUAACUCGACGAGUGCAGCGAAGGCGGCGCCCAGCGACAGUGACGGCAGCAGCAACGCGGCCUCGCACUCCGCCUCCCUUCUUGCGCUGCUUCUUCUGCUUGCGUGUGCGGCUGCCGCUGCGAUGGUGGCCGCGUGA